GAGCCAAGUCCGGCAUCAGGUGGUGAGAGACCACCCUCCCGAACGUUCGCUGUACCCCGCCAUUUGUCGCCCAGAGAAGCGAAGUGCCCGAAGACACAGCCCCUUCCCUCAAAGGGCUUACAGUCUAGGUGUGGCAGUUCCACAGUAUAACGAACAUGCACAUGAACGCCCUGAACCCUAAAAGGAGCAAAAUCGAAAGGAGCCAUCGUUUCUGAUUCUGGGGAUACAGGAUGAGCAGGAACAAGCAGAUCAAGCCAUGUGUAAAGGAAGCAAACUAUGACUAUCUAACCAAAAGAAUACCACAAAACCCAAGGUAUCAGCAUAUCAAGUCAAGACUGGAUACUGGUAACAGCCUGACUAAAUACACUGAGAAGCUAGAAGAGAUCAAAAAAAAUUACAGAUACAAAAAAGAUGAGCUUUUCAAGAGACUGAAAGUUACAACUUUUGCCCAGCUGGUCAUCCAGGUUGCUACCCUAUCUGAUCAAACACUGGAAGUGACAGCUGAAGAGAUUCAAAGGCUAGAAGACAAUGAUUCUGCGACUUCGGAGCCCGAUGGGGAAGUCAGUGCCAGGACCAACGGGAAGGGGAGCCCCGGGGAGCAGUCGCCAAGCCCUGUCCAGUCCACAAACAGCGCGGGAGCCGGGGACUCCAGUCGCUCAACUCUGCAGAGCGUCAUCAGUGGUGUUGGGGAGCUGGACCUAGACAAAGGGCUAGUGAAGAAAGCCGAGCCCAACACCAAAGACCGACCUUAUCCCGACUGCCCCUUCCUGCUGCUAGAUGUGCGAGACAGAGAUUCCUACCAACAGUGCCACAUCGUUGGAGCUUACAGUUACCCAAUCGCAACUCUGUCUAGGACAAUGAACCCUUAUUCAAAUGACAUUCUUGAAUACAAAAAUGCUCACGGCAAGAUCAUCAUUCUGUACGACGACGACGAGAGGCUGGCCAGCCAGGCGGCCACCACCAUGUGUGAGCGGGGAUUUGAAAACCUCUUCAUGCUUUCCGGAGGUCUAAAAGUCUUAGCUCAGAAAUUCCCAGAAGGGCUGAUUACGGGUUCCCUGCCAGCAUCUUGCCAGCAGCCCCUUCCUUCUGGCUCUGCCCGGAAACGAUCCAGCCCCAAGGUGCCGCCUCCACCAGCUGAGAAUAAAUGGAGAUUUACCCCAGAAGACUUGAAAAAGAUAGAAUAUUACCUGGAAGAGGAGCAGGGUCCUACGGACCAUCCUAGCCGGCUGAGCCAAGCUAAUGCCUCCGGAAGAGACUCCAAGGUUCCAGGCACCCGCAGCGGUCAUAACCCGCCCGCCAGGGGCCCUGGUGGCCCCCCGAAUCCCCGCUCGCUCAGCAGUGGCCACCUGCAAGGCAAACCCUGGAAGUAAAGACUUUGCCUGUCUUAGUCAAAUAAAUACUUUGUCUCCUUUCGGAACCCCUGA